AUGAACCCGCCACGCCGAUCAUCAAGUUCCCAUGAUGUCAGGCCCUCCACUGAGUCCAUGCAGAUGAACAACAGCAGCAACUCUGGUGUUAUUCUGGACAUCUCAGCUCUCAAGAUGGCGGAGGUGGAUUCAGAGGUGCCUCCACUUCCACCGCGCUACCGCUUCAGGGACUUGCUUCUCGGAGACCAGACAUUUCCGAAUGAUGACAGGGUGCAGGUGGAGUUCUACGUGAAUGAAAACACCCUCAAGGAGCGGCUGAAGCUUUUCUUCAUCAAAAACCAAAGGUCAAGCCUGAGAAUUCGCCUGUUCAACUUCUCUCUGAAGAUUCUCACCUGUGUCCUGUACAUCGUGAGAGUGUGCCUGGAUGACCCCAAGGAGGUCAACUAUAACCCGUGGGAUCUGAUUUUCUGGGUGCAGAGACGGGAGUCUCUCUGGGCGAUACAGGUGACAGUGGCCUUAAUCGGUUUCUUGGAGACCAUGCUUAUCACAUAUCUCAGCUACAAGGGGAACAUUUGGGAGCAGAUCUUCAAGAUAUGCUUCAUAUUAGAGAUGAUCAAUACAGUGCCAUUCAUAAUCACCAUUUUCUGGUGUCCAUUGAGAAACAUAUUCGUCCCUGUGUUUCUUAAUUGCUGGCUUGCCAAAGGUGCCCUGGAGAACAUGAUCAAUGAUUUCCAUCGAGCCAUCCAGAGGACCCACUCUGCCAUGUUCAACCAGGUGGUCAUCCUCAUCUGCACCUUGCUGUGUCUGGUUUUCACUGGAGCUUGUGGGAUACAGCAUCUCGAGCGAGGUGCUGAGAAUACCCUGUCUAUUUUUGACGCGUUAUAUUUCUGCAUCGUCACCUUCUCCACUGUGGGCUACGGGGACGUCACGCCAAAGAUCUGGCCGUCCCAGCUGCUGGUGGUCAUCCUCAUCUGCGUUGCUCUGGUGGUGCUCCCACUGCAGUUUGAAGAGCUGGCCUACCUGUGGAUGGAGAGACAGAAGUUAGGGGGGAACUACAGCCGCCACCGGGCCCAGACGGAGAAGCACGUGGUGCUGUGUGUGAGUUCGCUGAAGAUCGAUCUGCUGAUGGAUUUCCUUAACGAGUUCUACGCUCAUCCCAGACUUCAGGACUAUUACGUGGUGAUUCUGUGUCCGACAGAUAUCGACAUUCAGGUUCGUCGCAUCCUCCAAAUCCCUCUGUGGUCCCAGAGGGUCAUCUACCUGCAAGGAUCUGCCCUCAAAGACCAGGACCUCAUGAGGGCCAAGAUGGAUGAUGCUGAGGCCUGCUUCAUCCUGAGCAGCAGGAACGAAGUCGACCGAACUGCUGCUGAUCACCAGACUAUUUUAAGGGCCUGGGCUGCAAAGGACUUUGCUCCAAACUGUCCCCUCUACGUCCAGAUUCUCAAACCAGAAAACAAAUUUCACGUCAAGUUUGCUGAUCAUGUAGUUUGUGAAGAGGAGUUCAAAUAUGCCAUGUUGGCGCUCAACUGUGUGUGUCCGGCCACGUCCACAUUAGUCACUCUCCUGGUUCACACCUCCAGGGGACAGGAGGGGCAGCUGUCACCCGAGAAUUGGCAGAAGAUGUACGGGCGCUGCUCGGGAAACGAGGUCUACCACAUCCGUUUGUGUGACAGCAAGUUUUUUGGGGAGUAUGAUGGAAAAAGCUUCACCUACGCCUCCUUCCAUGCACAUAAGAAGUAUGGUGUGUGUUUGAUCGGAGUGAAGAGGGAGGACAACAAGAGCAUCCUCCUCAACCCUGGCCCCCGCCACAUCAUGGCUGCCGCGGACACCUGCUACUACAUCAACAUCACCAAGGAGGAGAACUCCGCCUUCAUCUUCAAACAGGAGGAGAAGCACAGCAAAGGUCUGUCCGUGUCCGGCCUCUACGACGCCCCCUCCAGGCUGCCCGUGCACAGCAUCAUCGCCAGCAUGGGAACCGUAGCCAUAGACCUCCAGAACCCCGAUCCGCCCGAGGAAAGCAGCAAGCUGACAUUGCCGACGGAGAACGGAGACGGAAGCCGCAGGCCGAGCAUCGCCCCGGUCCUCGAGAUCGCCGACUCCUCCGCCAUUCUGCCCUGCGACCUCCUCAGCGACCAAUCGGAGGAUGAGACAAACCAGUCAGACGAGGAGGGAUCUGUAGGGUCAGAUUUUGUGAAAGGCUACCCUCCGAACUCGCCCUACAUCGGCAGCUCUCCCACUCUGUGCCACCUCCUGCCGCAGAAGGCUCCGUUCUGCUGCCUUCGCCUCGACAGGGGCUGCACACACAGCAGCUUCGUGGACGCUAAAGCGUACGGCUUCAAGAACAAGUUGAUCAUAGUGUCCGCUGAGAUGGCAGGAAACGGCCUCUACAACUUCAUUGUCCCCCUGCGUGCAUACUACCGGCCCAGGAAGGAGCUCAACCCCAUAGUGCUGCUGCUGGAUAACGCGCCAGACAACCACUUCUUAGAGGCCAUUUGCUGCUUUCCAAUGGUUUACUUCAUGGCUGGCACCAUCGAUAACCUGGACAACCUGCUGCAGUGUGGGAUCAUCUACGCCGACAACUUGGUGGUUGUGGAUAAAGAGAGCACCAUGUGCGCUGAGGAGGACUACAUGGCCGACGCCAAGACCAUCGUCAACGUCCAGACUAUGUUCAGGUUGUUCCCCAGCCUCAGCAUCAUCACCGAGCUCACGCACCCGUCCAACAUGAGGUUCAUGCAGUUCAGAGCCAAGGACUGCUACUCACUUGCUCUCUCCAAGCUGGAGAAGGUUGAGCGAGAUAAGGGCUCCAACCUGGCCUUCAUGUUCCGGCUGCCGUUUGCUGCAGGCAGGGUUUUCAGUAUCAGCAUGUUGGAUACGCUGCUGUACCAGUCUUUUGUUAAGGACUACAUGAUCGGCAUCGCGAGGCUCCUGCUCGGUCUGGACACGACGCCUGGCUCUGGAUACCUGUGUGUUAUGAAGAUCACGGAGGAGGAUCUGUGGAUCAGGACUUACGGAAGACUCUUUCAGAAACUGUGCUCCUCCAGCGCUGAGAUCCCCAUCGGGCUUUAUCGCACCGAGUCGCACAUGUUCUCAACCUCAGAGUCUCAGGUGUCCAUCAACGUGGAGCACGGCGAGGAGCAACGCGAUCGCAGAGAUAUCUGGAAGGAGAAGGUGGCCCACAGGAACUCCACAACCAGCGACCAGUCGGAGCACCCGCUGCUGAGGAAGAAGAGCAUGCAGUGGGCGCGACGUCUGAGCAGGAAGAGCGCCAAGCCGCCGAGUCGGACCGAGCGCAUCUCGCAGCAGAGACUCAACCUGUACCGACGCUCGGAGCGGCAGGAGCUGUCCGAGCUGGUCAAGAAUCGCAUGAAGCACCUGGGCCUGCCCACCGUCGGAUACGACGAGAUGAACGACCACCAGAACACGCUGUCGUACGUCCUCAUCAAUCCUCCUCCCGACACCGUGCUGGAGCUCAACGACAUCGUGUACAUUAUCCGGUCCGACCCGCUGGCCCACAUGCCAGAGGACUCGCAGGUGGGGCAGCCUCGAGGCGCCAGGAACCAACAGGAGUUUGGCACCGAGACGAGGGAUGAGACUCACCUCUGA